AACUUUUCCCUUAAGCCUAUCUCGCAAAUACUGACAGCCAUGGAUUUCUCUGGUGCUACUUCCUCUCCCUUUCCCUUCUCUUCCUCUUCUUCUACUCUGUCUGGAAACAGGGGUGGCAGGGGAAGAGAGAGGAGGUGUUCCGUGUGUUCCCAAAUAGCUGGAAGACUCUUCUGUGGCAUGGUUACAUGCAUCAUUGCAACAGUUGGUUUAUUUGUAGGGGCAGUGACUGGCGGUUUGAUAGGCGUAGCAACGGAGGGCGGUGUAUUCCGGGGGAUUGGAGUUGGAGCUAUUUCUGGAGCUCUUUUCUCAAUGGAGGUUCUCGAAAAAUCUGUCACCUUGUGGCAUUCAAAUGAAUCAGGAAUCUUGAGUAUUCUAUAUGUGAUUGACAUAAUAUGUAGUCUUUUGAGUGGAACGCUUGUUCGCGAGAAGGUCGAUCCAGCUGUGCAGAGUGCAGUGCAGAGUCAGAUGAGUGCUGUGAACACACCCUUCAGGGAGGCUCUCGAUAUUUUCGAUACUGGGGGGGUGCAAGGCAUGGCAAAGGCUUCUGUUGACAGGCUUCCCAAGUUCAAAAUCACAAUGGAGAACAAUGAGGAUGCCUCUGGGGAAAGAAUUGGGUGUGCUGUCUGCCUUCAGGACUUCCAAAUUGGAGAAACAGCAAGGAGCUUGCCUCACUGUCAGCACAUCUUCCACUUGCCGUGCAUCGAUAGCUGGCUCAUCAAGCAUAGUUCUUGUCCACUAUGCAGGCACGAUUUCUAGAAUCAUUUUGUGAAUCAUGGUUGAGAUGAAGACUAGUGGUUUUUAUUGACCAUUUUGUAAAUCAUAAGAUCCUGAUAUGUACAUGUUCUUGUUCGUAUGAAUCACUUCAUUUUGUUCAUGAAUUCUGAUUCAUGCCAGAACCGAUCAUCCAAUUAUAGAUACUAGAAAGAAUGAUCUAUGAACAACAUCUUGACACCAAUUUCCCUAAAAUCGUGCAAAUUUAGCAAUCCAAAGAAUCCAAGCAGAAUUCAUAUCA